AUGAUCUCUUUGCAACUCCAUCUGUUGCUGUUUGACACCUCUGAAUCUCUUGUCGUAGCGUUGCUUGUCGUGUCAUUCGUCCCUCGCAUCGAUCUCGUGGUAAAGCGGGUGUCUAUUUUUGACCAGGUGCGUUCCACUUUCAUUGGGUUGCUUGACAACAAACUAACUUUUCCCCAGUGGUAUCCUACCCAAAAACCUAGCCCCGAAUCUACCAAUAACCCAAGUUACGAAUAUGCAGAGAAGUAUCUCACGACAGCGGCAAGAUAUUCUACCAAGGACAACAAGCAGCAUUAUCAUGACUGCAGGUUGAGCUGUGCUGGGGAAGAGCGAUACCAGCCAUCAUGGGAUUUCGUGUCAAGGUGUGAACGCUUUUGUGCAAGACUGUACGAUUACAACUCCCCGGUGGAAGUUGCUCCACAACCAGCUUCACAUGGUUGGUGGAUGAAAAAGCUGCCAAGUGGGAGAUUUGUGCGCAAUGAAGCUAACACCGAAGGCGGAGGAAAGGAGAACGGUCUUCACAUCCCAGAUCCGUGGGGUAAGGACAUAUCCAAGAUAAUAUCUUCUAAGAAGGCAGACAGCAGUGAAUCAGGUUCCGUUGGGGUACCACUUGCGUUGUCUUCCAACACGAAGAGGGCAAAAACAUCAAUGCUGCUUCAAACAACUGGGCAUGGACUUGACUCAGUCACAUAUGGCUCACACCAUGCUUUGGAGGACUUGAACAGCUAUUUUGAUUCUCUGCCCACAAAGGAUUGCUCGAAGCCCGACUGCAACUACAAGAACGUUGUCGUCGAAAAGAAGAAGGUGCUUGUACACAAGCCAGAAAAGUUUUCCACCAAGGACAUCAGGAAAUAUGAGAGGGAAGUGCUCGGUUACCGUCGAGAACACGAGGAGAAGCUGGAGAAUCAGGAACUUGCCCAGAUAGGUGAGGAAAGUGACAAAUUAGUUCAGGCAUCUGUCAACGGCUUCCACCAACUUGAGUCUUCAUCGCACGCUCGGUCUUCAUCGAAACAUGUGCGAGGUCGGCACAGCAAGGCUUACGAUGAAGCCAAGAAGGCGAAAGGAUUUGUUGGUUAUUAUGACAAUGUUUUCGGAAACGAUCAGGCGGGAAAGAGCUCAGUACAGAAGACUCACGCUAUCAUGAAAGCAGCAAGUCCUUCUGUCGAUGAGAAGCUCAAGAAUCUUGAGAAGCUUCAUUCACAAUUAGAAGCGCAGAAUGCUCAUUUGGUACAGGAGAAUCGUGUACAAGAAGCAGCCGCGAAGCGGGUUGAACUUCAACAGCAUUCUAGGCCGACAAUUCUUGCAAAAAAGACUGUUGUAGAGCAGGGAAGUACAGCUGCUGUGCCUGUUGACGGCAUCAUGAGGUCGGAGAGCACCCUGAAGAAGCAGCUGCUUGAGUUGGAGAAGUUACAUCAUUGA